AUGGAGACAGUCAACACCACUACCCGGCUGGCCACCCUCCGGUCCUUGAUGAAGGAGAACGGGGUCGAUAUCUAUGUUGUGCCGUCCGAGGACAGCCACGCCUCCGAGUACAUCGCCCCAUGCGACGCCCGCCGCGCCUUCAUCUCGGGCUUUACCGGCUCUGCGGGGACUGCCGUAGUCACACACGACAAGGCCGCCCUCGCCACCGACGGGCGAUACUUCAACCAGGCCGGCAAGCAGCUGGACGGGAACUGGCACCUUCUCAAGACGGGCCUGCAAGAUGUCCCUACGUGGCAGGAUUGGACGGCCGAAGAGUCGGCCGGCGGCAAGACCGUGGGCGUCGAUCCUUCUCUGAUCUCGAGCCCCAUCGCGGAGAAGCUCGACGAGAGCAUAAAGAAGAGCGGCGGUGCCGGCCUGAAGGCGGUCAGUGAGAACCUGGUUGACCCGGUGUGGGGUGGUGAUAGGCCUGCCCGGUCCAGCAAUCCCGUCAAGCUCCUGGUCGGGAAGUACUCGGGCAAGGACACGGCUACUAAGCUUACCGAACUCCGCAAGGAGUUAGCGAAGAAAAAGGCCGCCGCCUUUGUUCUGUCGAUGCUGGAUGAGGUCGCAUGGCUCUUCAACCUCCGCGGCAGCGACAUCACCUACAACCCGGUGUUUUACUCGUACGCCAUCGUGACACAGGAUUCGGCGACGCUAUAUGUAGACGCUUCCAAGCUGGACGACGAGAGCCGAAGCUACCUGGACCAGAACAAGGUCACCAUCAAGCCGUACGACACCCUGUUCGAGGAUGCCAAAGCCCUGGCCAGCGCCGCCGAGGCCAAGGGGACGUCCGAGCCGCCGAAUAAGUACUUUGUCUCCAACAAGGGCUCUUGGGCACUGAAGCUGGCUCUUGGGGGGGACAAGUUUGUCGACGAGGUUCGAAGCCCGGUUGGGGAUGCCAAGGCCGUCAAGAACGACACAGAGCUCGAGGGCAUGAGGCAGUGCCACAUCCGGGACGGUGUUGCUCUCAUACAGUUCUUUGCCUGGCUGGAAGACCAGCUCGUUAACAAGAAGGCGGUCCUCGACGAGGUGACGGCUGCUGAUCAGCUCGAGGCGUUCCGAGGGAAGCAACAGGACUUUGUCGGGCUUUCCUUUGACACUAUCUCAUCCACAGGGCCCAAUGCCGCUGUCAUUCAUUACAAGCCCGAGUCAGGGUCUUGCGCCAUCGUCGACCCGGAGGCCAUCUACCUAUGCGACUCAGGGGCUCAGUUUUUGGACGGCACCACCGACGUCACCCGGACUCUCCACUUUGGCACCCCCACCCCCGAGCAGAGGAAGGCCUACACGCUCGUCCUGAAGGGCAACAUCGCGCUCGACACGGCGGUUUUCCCCAAGGGCACAACCGGCUUUGCCAUUGACUGCCUGGCCCGCCAAUUCCUCUGGGUAAGCUCACCCUGUUUCUCCCCACCCCACCGCCUCGACUACCGGCACGGCACGGGCCACGGCGUCGGGUCGUACCUCAACGUGCACGAGGGGCCGAUCGGGAUCGGCACGCGCAAGCAGUACGCCGACGUGGCGCUGGCGGCGGGCAACGUGCUGUCGAUCGAGCCGGGCUUCUACGAGGACGGCGCCUACGGGAUCCGCAUCGAGAACCUCGCCAUGGUGCGCGAGGUCAAGACGGAGCACGCCUUCGGCGACAAGCCCUUCCUCGGCUUCGAGCACGUCACCAUGGUCCCCUACUGCCGCAAGCUGAUUGAUGAGGCUUUGUUGACCGGUGAGGAGAGGGAGUGGUUGAACAAGAGUAAUGAGGAGAUUCGUGAGAAGAUGCGGGGGCGCUUUGAUGGGGAUGAGUUGACGCGGGCGUGGCUGGAGAGGGAGACGCUGCCUUUUUGA